CUACCCCCGGUCACUUGUUCAUUCUUAAAUUCACCGUCUUGGCAGCAUCCGCAUUAACAGCAAAAGCACAAAAGCAUAGCGAACAAUGGUUGCCAACUUCGUCAAGACCGCUGCGCUAGCCGUCGUCGUGCUCUCCGCUACUACCGAGGCGCAUAACAAGAUGACGCUGCCACUGCCGACCUGGGCCGACGGAUUUUACAGCCAGAACAGCCCGUCCGGCACCAUUGACCCCUCGGACGUGCUGCCCGUUCCGAGCGGCAUGUCGUACAACACCGACCCAGCUUCCAACACAAACGCGUACUGGACGGCGUUCAACGCAAGCAAGUACAAGUCGCUCAAGGAGCUGGCUUGGGACGCCCAGACUCUCGAGGGCACCGCCUCCAACGAGUGCGGGUUCUCGCUGGUCGACGGAACGCCCCGUGACCUGCCCGAUGAGGUGCAAUGGGACUUCUUCACGGCGUCCCACCAGGGCCCGUGUGAGGUUUGGUGCGACGAUACGCUCGUGUUUGAGAACUGGAACUGCGCCGUCGACUACCCCGAGACCCCGGCCAAUCUCCCGUACGACAAGGCUAAAUGCAAGGGCUCUUCGGUGCUAACGUCGUACUGGAUUGCUCUCCACACGACCCCGUGGCAGGUGUACACUAACUGCGCUCCGUUGACGGGUGCUUCGUCGUCUUCUAACUCGAGCACGUCCGAAUCGACGACUACUAAAACCCCGUCCGCUACGGCUGCUACCCCCACCGUUACAACUGCGCCAACCACUACCACUCCCAGUGUCACCUCUGCAGCCCAGACGGAGGCUAGUGAAGAAGAGGAGGAAGAGCCUUCCACGGGUGAUGACGCCAGCACGGACGCGGAGGCCGACGAGACGGAAGCUCCAGCAACCACUACUGCUCCAUCGGUUGAUAAGUGCUCGGUGCGCCGUCGCCGCCACUAAGUUGUGCUGUUCGCAUCACAGUGUCCAUGUUUUCCUGACAAGUAUUCGUCAGUCUGAGUAGUAUCGUAUAUGUGUAAGUCUGUAGCAUUCCUUAGAGAGAAACAAAAUACAGUCACGCCCCAUUUUGCGGAGAAGUGUA